UCGUGCUUUGACCGUGAACUCCCUGCGGCUCGUAGAACCGUGGCCAAACAUCUCUGCUAUUGUGGCUCUGGUACAUAGCUAAAUACUAGUAACACUCAGCCUAUAUCAUACAGAUCUAUAGUUCAUAUCAUGCUUCCUCAGCUACCCAGCGCUUGUACUUCCAGCAUGAUGCAUCACAUAACCUUUCUCUGUUUCACCAGCCUCAUCAUCAUAGGCAUCACUUCCUCUUCACAAACGGUUCAUGCACUAGCGCUACAACCCCGGCAUGGCCAUGGCAGAGGCUGCAUCCCAGCCGAGAGGGCCGCUUUGCUCUCCUUCCACAAGGGCAUCACAAAUGACGGAGCUCAUGUCCUUGCCUCAUGGCAUGGACCGGAUUGCUGCCGGUGGAGGGGCGUCAGCUGCAGCAACCGAACGGGCCAUGUCAUCAAGCUUCACCUUCGCAAAACAAGUCCGAACCUUCACAUCGGUGGUUCGUGCGGUGAUGCUAAUUCAUUGGUCGGCGAGAUAAGUCCCUCUCUGCUUUCCUUGAAGCAUCUAGAGCACCUGGAUCUUAGCAUGAACUGUUUGCUAGGGCCAAGUAGUCAUAUUCCUCGGUUCUUGGGAUCCAUGGAGAACUUGAGAUAUCUAAAUCUCUCUGGCAUGCCAUUUACCGGCAGAGUUCCUUCUCAGCUUGGCAACCUGUCUAAGUUGCAGCAUCUUGACCUUGGUCAGGAUGAUUAUUCUGAAAUGUACUCAAUGGACAUCACCUGGUUAACAAAGUUACCAUUGCUGCAGUACCUUAGCUUGAGUGGAAUAAAUCUCUCAAGGAUAGCUGUCUGGCCUCGUACAUUGAACACGAUCCCAUCUCUAAGGGUUAUCCAUCUUUCUGAUUGUUCACUUGAUACUGCAAGUCAAUCGCUUCCCCACCUUAACCUCACGAAGCUUGAGAAGCUUGAUCUUUCUUAUAAUAAUUUGGACCGCUCAAUUGCAUCAAGUUGGUUUUGGAAAGUGACGAGCCUCAAAUAUCUCAGUCUUCGUCAGAAUCGUUUACUUGGAAAGUUUCCAGACGCGCUAGGAAAUAUGACGUCACUCAAGGUACUUGAUUUGUCUGACAACAAUCUGAAUAAGACUGGAAAUCUUAAAAAUCUUUGUCAUUUGGAAAUACUCGACCUCUCAGAUAAUUCUAUGAAUGGAGAUAUAGUGGUGUUGAUGGAAGGGUUGCAAUGCGCACGGGAAAAAUUGCAAGAGCUGCAUUUCAAUGGAAACAAAUUCAUUGGGACCCUGCCAAAUGUUGUAGGGGAAUUCAGCAGCUUGAGGAUACUUGACAUGUCCAACAACAACCUUUUUGGACUUAUACCACUAGGACUUUGUAAUUUGGUGCGUUUAACUUACCUUGAUCUCAGCAUGAAUCAGCUCAACGGGAAUGUACCAACUGAAAUUGGUGCUCUUACUGCUCUAACUUAUUUGGUCAUAUUUAGCAACAACUUGACCGGAAGUAUACCAGCCGAGCUUGGAAAACUGAAGCAUUUGACUAUCCUUUCUCUCAAAGACAACAAAAUUACUGGACCUAUACCACCAGAAGUUAUGCACUCAACUAGCUUAACCACCCUAGACCUCUCCAGUAAUCACCUCAAUGGAACUGUACCCAAUGAAUUAGGCUACCUGAAGAAUAUGAUUGGACUGGACCUAAGCAACAACAACCUUAGUGGUGUGAUCACCGAAGAACACUUUGCAAACCUAAAAAGUUUAUAUAGCAUAGACUUGUCUUCCAAUAGUUUAAGGAUUGUUGUGGAUUCAGAUUGGCAUUCUCCCUUUAUUAGCCUACAGACUGCAAUAUUUGCAUCUUGCCAAAUGGGUCCUCUCUUUCCAGUUUGGCUUCGGCAGCUACGGGGAAUCACUCAUCUUGACAUCUCAAGCACUGGUUUAGAGGACAAGUUUCCUGGUUGGUUUUGGUAUACAUUUUCACAGGCAACAUAUCUCAAUAUGUCUAGCAACCAAAUAAGUGGCAGUUUGCCAGCACACCUGGAUGGCAUGGCUUUGCAGGAACUCUACCUAAGUUCAAACCGGCUCACUGGGUCAAUACCUUCGUUGCUGACAAAUAUCACUGUUUUAGAUAUCUCCAAGAAUAACUUUUCAGGAGUAAUACCAUCAGAUUUUAAAGCACCCUGGCUUCAAAUAUUGGUUAUCUAUUCAAACAGAAUUGGUGGGUACAUUCCAGAAUCUCUUUGCAAAUUGCAACAGCUAGUUUAUCUGGAUUUGUCAAACAAUUUUUUGGAGGGUGAAUUUCCUCUUUGUUUUCCCAUUCAAGAAACAGAAUUUCUACUGCUCAGUAACAACAGUUUAUCAGGAAAAUUGCCAACGUCUCUGCAGAAUAACACAUCUAUUAAGUUCUUGGACCUUUCAUGGAACAAGUUGUCUGGAAGACUGCCUUCAUGGAUAGGAAAUCUGGGGAACUUGCGUUUUGUACUACUCAGCCACAAUACAUUUUCUGGUAAUAUUCCAAUUACUAUAACAAGCCUUAGGAAUCUUCAGUACUUGGAUCUAUCAUGCAACAAUUUCUCUGGUGCAAUACCUGGGCAUCUAUCAAACCUAACACUUAUGAAAAUAGUACAAGAGGAAUUCAUGCCUACUUAUGAUGUACGUGAUGGGGAAGACAAUUCCCUCGAGGUGGGGUUUGGUCACCUCGGAGAAAUAUUAUCAGUAGUAACAAAAGGACAGCAACUUGUAUAUGGUUGGACACUUGUAUAUUUUGUGAGCAUUGAUUUAUCAGGUAAUUCCUUGACUGGCGAAAUCCCUACAGACAUCACUUCCCUUCAUGCAUUGAUGAAUUUGAAUUUAUCAUCGAACAAAUUGAGUGGAGAAAUUCCAAACAUGAUUGGGGCCAUGCAGUCACUAGUAUCUCUUGACCUCUCUGAGAACAAGCUCUCCGGUGAAAUUCCGUCAAGCUUGUCAAGCCUGACAUCUUUGUCUGCCUUGAACCUGUCCUACAACAAUUUAUCUGGAAGGAUACCCUCUGGUCGCCAACUCGACACCCUCAAUUCGGACAACCCUUCACUUAUGUACAUCGGCAACAGUGAACUCUGUGGGCUUCCUGUCCAAAAGAAUUGUCCAGGAAAUGAUUCUUUCAUCAUCCAUGGUGAUCUUGGAAGCAGCAAGCAAGAAUUUGAGCCACUGUCCUUUUAUUUCGGUCUUGUGUUGGGAUUUGUGGCGGGGCUCUGGAUGGUGUUUUGUGCCCUGUUGUUCAAGAGGAGAUGGAGAAUUGCUUACUUUCGGCUCUUAGACAAGGCGUACGAUCAAGUCUAUGUAUUUGUAGUUGUGAAGUGGGCAAGGUUCGCAAGGAACACAGGUGCAGAAUAAGCAUUGUUGUUCUGAAGGAGCCAGUGUGUGCGCUGCAACCCAUAGAAUGAGAGUUCUGGACUGUUAACCUGAGUGAGGGAAAUCUUAAGCAGCAUCUCGUGUGCCUUGUUUAUACCUCUAAAUAAAGAUACAUAUGUUUAGUUCUUUUGAUACGUAUAUGAUGUAAUUAUUGUGGUACAUGCAAGACUUCUGUGUUGUUAAAUUAUACGGAUACAUGUAAGAUUUUACUAUACUUCUGGAUUGUAAUCAUGGAUGUCUUUUGCUGAAUACUUUGAACUUCUUUCUGUUAUCACCAUGAGUUAAAUAGUUUCUCUUU